AUGAUUCAGAAGGUCGAGCUUCUGGUCCACGCUGGUGCGCCUUCAGGCCGAGAGGACGAUGAUCGUUACAGAGCGCAGGCAGAGGCUUAUGUUCACCUUUACGACGGGACAGCCAGCGUAAAUCUCAUAUGCAUUGACGACAACUGCGCUGAGAAAAAGCUCCCGCUGGCUUUGGACGCCUUCGAGCAGGACGACAAUCAGCCUGAGCAUCAAGAAGCUCAGUACGAUACAACUACCUUCUUGGACGAAACCCAAUUGGCGUAUACAGCACUUGACAGCCAGCUUUUGACUUCUUCUCUCGUCUUGCCGGAGGCUCAGCGGUCGAUCUACGUUACAGCACCUGCCACAGUCGAAGAGGACCAUGCCACUCGAGGAAGCUGGACCUGUGAAGGUCAAGGGCUCGCUGCGCAGUCUGCGUGGCCUGAAACCCGAUCUAGAGAAGGACGGGCGGAAGCUUCCAGUCACGAACCAUCUCAAAGCGGAGACAAAAGUGAUCGCACAGACUCAUCGUACCUGAAGUCACCGCAUCUUGAUCGCGCUUCGCGUGCGAAGAGAGCAAAGACCCACUACCAUAUGCGAAGCAAUGUCAAUGUCCCUGCAUUUGACAAUGACCGUCGCGUCGAUCAGGCUGAGAACAUCUCUGCGGAACGUGCAUCAGCGCCUCCGCAAGCUCGCGAUGUUCGAUCUCAAGCAUCGGCCGACGGAAAUCAAAGCACAUCUGAGCUGCCCACAACUUACUCUCUCACCGACGUUACUUCCGACCAUUCGAAAGCUAGAGCUCUACUUUCACAGCGCUCGGCCAGCGACCCUGGACCUCGGGUUGAGCAGACGCCGUCUAUCCCGCAAGGAGCCGCACAACUGUCGGAUGGUAGCCAUGGCUCAGCCGUACCAGCAACAGCGCCUCCGAGAGCCGUGUCAACAGCGCCACAACAAAGUGACGGGGCAGACCGCAAGUCCGCACAGCUUCGUUGUGGCGAUAACUCUAAGCUUGAACACGCCCGAGGUCCAAUAUUCGAGACGUUUGGUCAGCCGAAGAACCUCCCGGGCCCGUUAGAUGAACUUUCAACGAGCAUCAUCCCGCCGGCUCCGGAGCCAGCGCUCGACAACUACACGACCCAUAUCACCAGCGGCCUGCGACAACUCGCUGAAUCAGAGGACAUCACCGAUUGCUUCAGGCCAGUCUUGGUGACUCGUGAGCUUCGAGCUCUAGAACGAGGCCACUGGCUUAUCAAAGUGCCAGCAAACGAUCCCAAGUGGACCAUCGAACGGCAGCUGAAAUUCUGGAAGUUCCUGGAAAGGUGGAUUGGCGACGGUAGUCUUGGAUGGGGCGUAUGGUGCUCUCGUGAGCCCGCGAUUGGCUGUUUGGGUACCAUCGAGUUAUACUGCUGGGGUGAGGUGGUUAAGCACAUCUACCAUAUGCUCUAUACGGCGAGCGUUGCGCAGACCAGGAAGAUGGGGCUGGAAUGGAUUGACGGAGGUGGAGAGGUGGUCAUUCGAAUGAGAGGUCGCCAGCUCUGA